ACGUGCUGCUAAUGUGCGGAGACGGGGCUGAGGAACGGAGAGGGGAGAGAGUCGAGCACCACUUUGAGACCCACUCGGGUUGUUGUUUUCUCCCCGUGCGUGUUUGUUUCCCCCCUGAGCGCACACGGACCCGUGAAGGCGUCGGCGCGCGCCCGGAGGACUCUCGGGACUCGGCCGCGUGCGCUCCUCUGCCGCGGAGCCGCUGGGAGCGGGGCUUCGGCGACGGGGAUCCGCCGCGCCGGAGGCACUUCGCCGCACGAACCCGCGAUCGCUGCGAUGGAAUGAGCCGCCGCGGAAACUCUCCCAAAGUUGCGGAGAAGUCCCCUUCCUGCGUGUGCUGUGCGCGUGCGGCCCAGCGUUUUGGUGCGAACUCCAGGCAUGUACGGAUAACGCGGGGCGAGCGCGUUCGGGUUUAUGGAGCUCGGUGGCAGGCCCUUGAACGCACCCACGGGCCCGUCGCACAUCGUCCGCCUCGACACGAAACCCUCGCACGCUCUCCUACGUGGACGCGAUCCGCGGAAGCAGCCUGGUGCCCCCCACGCAUGACACUGCCGUGAGGCUUCUCUCCUCCUCGCAGCCAAAACAAUGGCGAGCCGCGGCGCCUGGGCGCAGGGCGCCGGCGGAGCCGCGCGGCCUCUCGGCUGCCUGCUCCUGCUCUUCGGGUGCCUGUGCGUGGCCUCGCCGCCCCACGGCCGGCGGCUGAUAUGCUGGCAAGCCAUCAUGAACUGCCAAGCCGAGCCCGAGUGCAACUACGCGUACGAGCACUACACGCGCGCGUGCGGCCCCGUGCUCAGCGGCCAGAGGAAGAGGUGUCCCAGCCACUGCAUCGCCUCGCUCGUGCAGCUCAACCUCACCAGGAGCGGCCCGGCGCUGGAGGACUGCAACUGCGCGCACGACUCCGUGUGCGCCAGAACCAAGCGGGCCAUCGAGCCGUGCCUGCCCCGGACCACCAGCACCGGCUGCACGGAGGCGCGGCGCCAGUGCGAGCGCGACCAGCAGUGCAGCUCCACCAUGCAGGACUACCUGAACCACUGCGGGAAGCUCUUCAGCGGCGCGGUGUGCACCAACGCCUGCCGCAACGUGAUCGCCAACAUGCGCAAAAUACCCAAGGGUCAGCAGCUGGACACGUGCGUGUGCGACGGCGCGGAGCGGGCCAUCUGCGAGUUCGUGAAGAGCAGCAUGAAGGCGCUGUGCUUCGACGCUCCCGUCCGGGAACCGUGCUGCAGCGGCGACUACGACGGGGAGGGCGACGACGAGGACGACUCCGUGGAAGUGGACUACCCGGAGGAGCUGGAGUCCGGAGCCGCUGCCUCGGCGCCCCGCUGCGCGCUGACCCUGCUGCCGUCCGUUCUGGCCCUUUUCAACCUCACCUGAUCCCGGCUUCAUAAUCUGCCCCCGCUUUUGUCCGGAUAAAAGGCAACGUAAACUUUUGUCACUCACUGACAUGCUACUAGUGUGAGAGGUCCGAGUCUCAUUAAAGACCAGGGUGUUUUCCUGCGCAGGCCUUGCUUGAAAUGAGCGUUUUUACACCCUGGGUAAUUAAAAAUCCGGAUAAUUUCUAUGCAAAUGAGGCCAGAUAUGUUUUGGAGCGUGAGCUCCGGGGUGCUCUCUUAUCUCACCACUUCACAGCUCUCUAGAUGGCUCUGCUUAUGUGAUAAGCUAAAUAGGAUUGUCUACUUUCCCACCGCCACAGACUCUGACAGUGAAGUCGUCCCGUUGGAGACACAGUGGGCUUGUUUCAGUAACAAUGAGACCUUUAAUCAGUACAUGCUGUGCACUGCCAAUCUCCCGCUAAAGAUAUGAACUAUUUUUGUACGACAGGCUGUUGCCGUUCGGCACCAGGCUCAUCUGAUGAACGAGUAUUUAAUGCUGGACUCUAUGGAGCUUGUAAAUAGGAGUUGAAACGAAACCGUAAUUUAUUACACGCCACCUACAGCUACAGCCACAUGUCCAUCAUGUGCAUAAGGACGGAGAAUUCCAGCUUUAAAGGGAAGUUAGCGACUGUAUUUCCUUCGGUGUACAUUGUACAUAUGUGUAUAGCCUAUAGAGAUAUUUUCAGAGAAUCCUCUAUGUUUCGGGCUAUGAGAUGAUUUAUUCACUGUGUAAAGCAUAGAGAGAGACCUGUCUAAAUCUACUGUAUGAAUGCCUUAAUGAUAUACUUUUAUAAAAGGCUUGAAAGAAAAUCAAAGAUUUGUGACUGGAUUCUUUGUUGAUUUGGUUCCUAUGCAACGUAAAAAAUACUUUAAGGAGUUGGGCGUGAAAACACAAUUUGCUGCUCGGUUAAUUAAGUGGUUUAAGGCAUAAAUAAACGUGGGUCGAGUUGUUGUCAGUUCAGGUCGAUUUUAUAAAAGGUGAAUGUUAUUGUGUAACUGCGGUGAGAUGUUGGUGCAGGGGCUGCUUUAAAACAGCUUCCUCUCCCGACUGAUGAGGCAAAUGACCUGUUAUGUCUUGAUUUAGCUGCCUGUUGUCAAAAGCAACUGUCACCAUAAAUCAACACAACACCCUCUGCCUCCACCUCCACCCUCUUCCCUCAGUUAUCACAUCACCGUUCCUACGUUGUUCAGGCAAAUCAGGAUAUUUAGUGUUUCUGGCUCGGAACAUAAAAAUGUUGCUCUUGUUUAAUUAAUUUCUAACUGUCCUGCUCUUUAUUACCUUAAAUAUUAAAUAUUUGAGCAUUCA